AUGACCUGGGACGGAGGAAUCGAGCCCAAUGGCACCGAGGGCAAGAACUUCUACAUCCCCAUGUCCAACAGGAGUGGGGUCGUCAGAAGUCCCUUUGAGUACCCUCAGUAUUAUUUGGCGGAUCCCAUCAUGUACAAGCUUCUCGCCGUCUACAUGCUCUUCCUGAUCUGCACUGGAACCCCCAUUAAUUGUCUGACGCUGCUGGUCACGGCUCGGAACAAGAAGCUCAGACAACCUCUCAACUACAUCCUGGUCAACCUGGCCGUGGCCGGACUCAUCAUGUGCUGCUUCGGAUUCACCAUCACCUUCAUCACUGCCAUCAACGGUUACUUCGUCCUCGGGGUCACUGCCUGUGCUUUGGAAGGAUUAUUGGCCACCCUUGGCGGUCAAGUGUCUCUCUGGUCUCUGGUCGUCCUGGCUGUUGAGAGAUACAUCGUCAUCUGCAAACCCAUGGGGAGCUUCAAGUUCACCGGAAGUCACGCGGCAGCUGGAGUCAUUUUCACCUGGAUCAUGGCUUUUGCUUGUGCUACGCCACCUCUUUUUGGCUGGUCCAGGUACAUCCCCGAGGGCAUGCAGUGCUCCUGCGGCCCCGACUACUACACUCUGGCCCCCGGCUUCAACAAUGAAUCAUACGUCAUCUACUUGUUUGUCGUCCACUUCACGGCUCCUGUCUUCACAAUUUUCUUUACUUAUGGAAGCCUCGUUCUGACAGUCAAAGCCGCUGCAGGCCAGCAGCAGGAGUCAGAGUCCACUCAGAAGGCUGAGAGGGAGGUGACACGCAUGUGCUUCCUGAUGGUCAUUGGCUUCCUGGUAGCUUGGGUACCAUAUGCCACUUUCGCAGCCUGGAUCUUCAUAAACAAGGGGGCCACCUUUACUGCCCUGACCGCAACCAUCCCCGCCUUCUUCGCUAAGAGCUCAGCCUUGUUCAACCCCGUGAUCUACGUGCUGAUGAACAAACAGUUCCGUAGCUGCAUGCUGAGCAGUAUUGGAAUGGGCGGCAUGGUGGAGGAUGAGGCAUCAGUGUCUGCCAGCAAGACAGAGGUGUCCUCUGUGUCUUAA